GGCGCACAGAGCCCCGCAGCCCAGCGACGCUGCCGGGCGCCUCGUGGAGCUCCCCGACGCGGCCACCUCACACUUGCCUUCUUUAUUUCUCUUGCAGAGUGGCAUCUGCGAUCCGCUCUUCCAGCUACCUGCGCCAUCUGAACAACGGCAGCCCCAUGGCGCAGUUCCUGAGACUUUGCAUCUGGCUGCUAGCGCUUGGGUCCUGCCUCCUGGCUACAGUGCAGGCAGACUGCAGCCAGGACUGCGCUAAAUGCAGCUACCGCCUGGUACGUCCCGGCGACAUCAACUUCCUGGCAUGCACACUGGAAUGUGAAGGGCAGCUGCCUUCUUUCAAAAUCUGGGAGACCUGCAAGGAUCUCCUGCAGGUGUCCAAGCCCGAGUUCCCUUGGGAUAACAUCGACAUGUACAAAGACAGCAGCAAACAGGAUGAGAGUCACUUGCUCGCCAAGAAGUAUGGAGGGUUCAUGAAACGGUAUGGAGGCUUCAUGAAGAAGAUGGAUGAGCUUUAUCCCGUGGAGCCAGAAGAAGAGGCCAACGGAGGCGAGAUCCUUGCCAAGAGGUAUGGCGGUUUCAUGAAGAAGGAUGCAGAUGAGGGAGACACCUUGGCCAACUCCUCCGACCUGCUGAAAGAGCUACUGGGAACAGGAGACAACCGUGCGAAAGAUAGCCACCAACAGGAAAGCGCCAACAAUGAUGAAGACAACAUGAGCAAGAGGUAUGGGGGCUUCAUGAGAGGCCUCAAAAGAAGCCCCCAACUGGAAGACGAAGCAAAGGAGCUGCAGAAGCGCUAUGGGGGCUUCAUGAGGAGGGUCGGGCGCCCCGAGUGGUGGAUGGACUACCAGAAGAGAUACGGAGGCUUCCUGAAGCGCUUUGCUGAGUCUCUACCCUCGGAUGAAGAAGGCGAAAGUUACUCUAAGGAAGUUCCUGAGAUGGAGAAAAGAUACGGGGGCUUUAUGCGGUUUUGAAGCCCUUCCCAGCAGUGACCCCGGGCCCCCACUAGCCUGCUCCAUCCCCCGCGAGCAACUGCCCCAUCAGUGAUGUUUCCUGUCAUGUGCUGCUUGUGCUGUACAGUUGCCCUCGUGGUCUGGAUAACUACUGCCUGAAAGCUGUGAUUUUUAGGGGGCUGUCUGUGUUCUUUUGAGUCUUGAAGCUCGGUAUUGGUCUCUUGUGGCUGUGUUGUUAUCAUGCUGAAAUAGUCUGUUACCUCAUCCCUUCUGACAAAUCGUCAAUAAAUGCUUAUUUGUAUAUAAAAAUAAUAAACCCGUGAACCCAACUGCACAACGA